AAGUCAAUAUACAAGAUAAACGUGCAUCUUGUUGCGGAUUUCCCCAUAUAUUUUCGGGAACUAAUAAUCAAAGUCCAUACUAUUCGGCUUUUUAUUGUUCAGUUUAAUCUUAUCGAACAGAGAGAGUAACACACAAAAUGAAGAGAAAGAAAAGAAAGCAGCAACGACGUUCUUCCUCGUUCACCCCCGCGAGCUCCUUCGAUCGUCCUCAAUUCAAAAAGGUAAGAGCCUUAGAAGAAAUGACUGCUUUCCCCAAUCUCAACUCUGAUGCUGGACUGAAGAAGCUAGACGAGCAUCUUCUCACUCGUUAUUACAUUACAAGUCACAAGGCUUCAAAAGAUGAUAUCACUGUCUAUGCCGCUCUUUCGAAACCUCCACAUUCAAAGUAUGUGAAUGCAUCACGCUGGUACAACCACAUCGAAACUCUCUUGAGUAUCUCAGGUAUAUCUACUGAAGUGAGUGGUGUUACUAUUGAUGGAUUGGCCUCUAUCACAGAAGAGGCUAAUGGUAAUUCUAAGGAUGGUGUGGUGGUUAUGGAUGAUGAUGAUAAUGAUCAAAAUGUUGAAGAGGUUGAAGAGAGACCAGCUUCUUUGAUAGCAUCCACAAAAAAGAAAAUAUCUUGGUUGUCGAUGGUAAUAGUUGUCAUACCGCCGGAUGAUGAGACCGACAUGAAUAAGCUAGAGAAACAUUUAAGAUCUAUUCAAAUGGAAGGAGUGGUUUGUGGAGCAUCAAAAGUUGUCCCAGUUGGCUAUGGAGUCGAGUUGUUUCGGAUCAUAGUCACAGUGUCCUUAGAUGACGAAUUUGAUGUUUUGGACGAACUUAUCGAUACACAUAUAUUGCCUUUUGCGCGUGUUGUUGCCACUAGCGGCUUGUACGAAUCUCUAGUUCUUAUUCAACCGAAUGAUGAAGAGGCUGAUAUGAAGAGGGUAGAGGAAACUGUAAGAUCCAUUCAGGUGGCAGGAUUGUUUUGGGGAGCAUCAAAGCUUGUCCCAGUUGGUUGUGGAAUCAAGUUGUUGGGGAUUGAAUAUACUACCAUCGAACACCUUGUGCAUCAUGGACUCAUUGCGAGGCUCAACACCUUUGUCAAAGAGCAAAUAGCUGAUAAUCCGUAUGUCAAGAGCUUUCAAACUCUCAGCUUAAACAGAAUAUUUAAUGGAAUCAAAGAAGAGGAGUCUGAUUCCAAGGAUGAUGUAAACCGUUUUGGAGAAGAGAUAGUAGGUCCUUCGAGAGUAUCCUCAACGAGUAAAGAAUCUUGCAAGUCAGGUUUAGUGCUUAGAGAGCUGUCGGGUGACAAGCGUGACAUAAAGAAGUUAGAGGAGUCUGUAAGAUCACUUCAGACAGAAGGAGUGGUUUGGGGGGCAUCGACGAUUGUCAAAGUUGGCUACGGAUUCAAGUAUUUGACGAUCAUAUUCACCAUUGUGGAUGACCUUGUGUGUUUUGAAACUGUUUUCCAAAAAACUGGUGGUAUUCGCUUGAAGAGAAUAUUGACUUGAAUAAUAAUGCAUAGGAUUGGGAUAAAACUCCAAAGGAAGCUUUAAUAAAGAUUCAAAGUGAUAUCAUCACAAAGCUCUUCCAAAUCUUAUUCAUUAACUGCUCCUACCAUACGUUGACUGGCUUUGCUUGGCCCUUUGUUUUCCAAAUCAUGAAAGUCAAGUCAUGCACUUCCUCUGGCUAAUAACGCCAUAUCUUUCUCGUGUCUAGCUCUUUCGGUCCUGUUUGCUCUUCUUCAACUUAUCAAGCUCUGCCAUCUUCUCCAUACAUAAAAUGGAUGGAGUGAUGCUCCAUGGUGAAACAUCUUUUUCAGACUUCUCCUACCACACAAAUCUAUUAGUGGAAACUUCUUCCCUGUUGAAUUUUGUGGCUGAAAUUGAUUUCAGAAUAUCAAGUGUGUUUAGAAUGAGAAAAAAACUUACCUAUUCCAA